AACAUUCUAACUUAUGAUUACUUGUUACAUAUAAAUAUACUUGUCUAGCUUGACUAGUCUUGAAGCUCAACUCCUUGGUGUCUCUUAUUACUUGUAUAAAUUCUUGAUUGUAACUAAGACUUUUAUUUGCAUUAUUGAAGACAUCAUAUGCUUCAUAUUCUGCAAGACUGUAACUAAUAUUGAAAUUGAAAUAAUGCAUUUUCAUUAUUUACCAGCAUAUGCAUAAUAUUCCUCUAGUAAUUAUUUUUGAAAUCAUGACAAGGUGGAUCAUCAAGCAAGAAUUAAAAUGUUUUUUUCCCUAGUCAUACAUCAUGUACCUUACUUUUUCUGAUCAGACUUCUAUAGAUGUCUAAAUAAGUGACUAACUCAGUAGGUCUCAACUCAAGUAUAAUUUGGCUCAUGUAUAUCUCAUGCCUUUUUUAACACCUCUUGUAAAUAUCUGUAGUACCUUUGCGCAAACUCUUAAAUCGUGAUUUUUGAGUAUUCACAGAGUUGAAUAUGAAUGGCAUGAGUUCUUCCCCAAGGGUAUUACUUGUCGCUUCUUCUUGUGACAUGAGCAUUCACUUAAUUAACUUGUUUUCUAUGCUAAUACUCUCUUUCCAAUGCAGCUCAAAACAACUAUGGAGCGGUCGUGUCACUUUGGGCAUCAGUUAUCAUGGUCCUUUUACUACAUCUUUCCUUAAGUUUGACAUAAUGGUUCAUUAAUGUGCUCUUGUAUAAAUGAAACUUCUUGCUGGCAUUGAUGAGACACCUCAUACUGUCCCCCAUCAUAUGCAGGUUUAUUUUACGGAUACACAAAUUUGGUAUUCAGUUUAUUCAACUUUAUAUGGUGGUGUCAUUGGGGCCUUUGAUCGUCUAGGAGAGAUACGAACAUUGGGGAUGCUUAGAUCAAGGUUCCAGUCCUUACCUGGUGCAUUCAACACAUAUCUGGUGCCUUUAGAUAGGUCGCAGAAAAGAGGAUUUUCUUUUGCCAAGCGUUUUGCUGAGAUUACAGCAAGCAGGAGAAGCGAAGCUGCAAAAUUUGCACAAUUGUGGAAUGAAGUUAUAUGUAGCUUCCGAGAGGAAGAUCUCAUUAGUGACAGGAAAGGCCUAAAAUUCAGUCAUUUUUUAACUAACUUGUGUUCAUCAUUUUAUUAAAGAUAUACUUGGUUCCUUUACUUCAGGGAAAUGGAUUUGUUGCUAGUUCCUUAUUCAUCAGAUCCAGGGCUGAAGAUUAUUCAGUGGCCACCUUUUUUGAUUGCUAGCAAGAUACCAAUAGCAUUGGACAUGGCAGCUCAAUUUAAAUCCAGGGACUCUGAUCUCUGGAAGCGUAUAUGUGCUGAUGAAUACAUGAAAUGUGCAGUGAUUGACUGUUAUGAAUUUUUCAAGCAUGUCUUGAGCAUUCUUGUGGUUGGAGAUAAUGAAAAAAGGAUAAUUAGCAUCAUUAUUAAAGAAGUUGAAAGUAGCAUCUCAAAAAAUCUGCUUCUUGCAAACUUCAGAAUGGGUCCUUUACCUACUCUUUGCAAGAAAUUUGUGGAGCUUGUAGAGAUCUUGAAAGACGCUGAACCAUCCAAUAAAGAUACAGUGGUGUUGUUGCUGCAAGAUAUGUUGGAAGUUGUCACCCGUGACAUGAUGGUGAAUGAGCUCAGGGAAUUGCUUGAAGUUGGUCAUAGCAGCAAGGAUACUGGGAGACAACUUUUUGCAGGUACUGAUACAAAACCUGCCAUAGCAUUCCUCCCAGUUGUCACAACUCAGUGGGAAGAACAGAUAAGACGCCUAUACCUCUUGUUGACAGUGAAGGAAUCUGCUACUGAUGUACCAACUAACCUCGAAGCAUGUAGAAGAAUCUCAUUUUUCACAAAUUCAUUGUUCAUGGAUAUGCCACGUGCCCCCAAAGUCCGGAAAAUGCUUUCUUUCAGUGUCAUGACUCCAUACUACAGUGAGGAGACAGUUUACUCUAAAACUGACCUUGAGUUGGAAAAUGAAGAUGGUGUAUCAAUCUUAUAUUACUUGCAGAAAAUUUUCCCAGAUGAGUGGAAUAACUUCAUGGAGCGAAUUAAUUGUAAAAAAGAUAGCGAGAUAUGGGAAACUGAGGAAAACAUUUUACAGCUUCGUCACUGGGUCUCCCUAAGAGGACAAACUCUCUGCAGAACAAGUAUUGGAUGCAUUCCUUUCUCAUGUUUCAUAGUAUUAAUCAGCUUGUUGUACUGACUAUUUUUUGUGUUUCAGUUCGAGGAAUAAUGUACUACAGAUGAGCUUUGAAGCUUCAGGCUUUCCUUGACAUGGCCAAUGAAAGUGAGAUACUUGGAGGCUACAAAGCCAUAACAGUUCCAUCAGAGGAAGAUAAAAAAAAGCCAAGGAUCUCUUUAUGCACAAUUAGAAGCAGUUGCUGACAUGAAAUUCACAUAUAUCGCUACCUGUCAAAACUAUGGCAACCAGAAGCGAAGUGGAGAUCGUCGUGCAACAGACAUCCUGAACUUGAUGGUCAAUAAUCCUUCUCUUAGGGUGGCAUAUAUUGAUGAGGUUGAAGAGAAUGAAGGAGGAAAAGUACAUAAAGUUUAUUAUUCAGUUUUGGUGAAAGUUGUUGAUAAUCUUGAUCAGGAAAUAUAUCGGAUAAAAUUACCGGGUUCAGCCAAGAUAGGAGAAGGAAAGCCAGAAAACCAAAAUCAUGUUAUAAUUUUCACGAGAGGAGAAGCUCUCCAGACGAUUGACAUGAAUCAGGUAACCAUUAGAAUUUGAAGUUAUCUUAUGUUGUCUUUUGA